UUACUAUGAAAGGUUGUAGUUUUGGUGCAGACUUCACUUUCCGAUUCGGACUCUCCUGGCAAACCUAUUCUGAUCUGUAGAAAAAUUCUAAUAAACCAUGAAGGUCCUUGCUGUCACCAUUGUCUGCCUUGUUACCAUAACAACAACACACGGUUUUGGGAUUGGUUUCCCUCCUUUCGGUGGGAUCGGUAUGUCCCCCUUCGCCUUUGGAAAUCCCCAUUUCGGCCUUGGAAUUCCCCCCUUCGGUCAUGGAAUUGACCCCUUCGGUCUUGGAAUUUCCCCUUACGGUCUUGGUGUUUCCCCUUACGGUCUUGGUGUUUCCCCUCUUGGUCUCGGCUCAGGGCUCGCCAACAAAGGACUAGUUCAGCCAGGAUUACAGGGCGCCGGUGCCAUUCAAACCAAUGGUCCUGUGUAUGUUGAUCUCGACGCUAAUGCUGCUGCUGCUCCCACGACUAUUGCCGCAACUGCUCAAACAGGAUCUGCUGCCUAUGUCCCCGCUUACAUGGCACUUUAAAUGAACACCGAACGGUGUCAUAGUUCGGGAUGGAACAAAAUCAGUGCUAUCCAUUCUGGUUCAGCCAGUUUUGCAUUGAUAAUGUUGGUGUCAGAUACUGUCAGUAUUGCUUCAAGCAGUUGUCUUCAAAGUUGACAUGUUUGGCAUCCUAAACAAAGGUGUUUGGGAUGUAAUCGCUUAUAUGUAUAACUGUUAAUAAACAUCCUUACAGUAUAUUCAUGUGUUGUAUUUUCAAUGAUUUCUAAUCCAUACAUGGCCAGUACACUACACGGUAACACACGUCUAUCAUGAUAAUUUCACUCGGAGAUAUAGAUAGAUAUCGGACUUAACAACUGACUUGCCUUUGCAUGUGUUUGUGACGGGUGCCACCAGUGGGGCAGGAUACGCUCACCUUUUCACG